AUGGCGACCGUCCUCCUGAUCCUCGACGUUCAAAACGGGGUAAUCGACCGCCUCGAGAACACAACACCCUACCUGGAACGAGUGGCAUCAACAGUCGCAAGUGCCCGCAAAGCAAACAUCCAAGUAAUCCAUGUCGUGACUGGAUUCCGACAAGGCUACCCAGAAAACAACCCAAACAACUCAUCCGUGCCCGCUGUCGUUGCACGCGGCGAAUACCUCGAAGGCGAUUCCUCGGUACAGGUCCACCCACUUGUUGCACCAACCAAUCGGGAGGUAACCCUGACCAAGCGUCGGGUCUCUGCAUUCUUCGCUACGGAGCUUGAUAUGCUGCUGCGCUGUGCCAAGGCGGAAACCAUUGUUGUCGCUGGGCUGAUUACGAGUGGUGCGGUGCUGUCGACUGUGCGCCAGGCCAUGGAUAUGGAUUACCGUGUCACUAUUCUGGAGGAUUGCUGUAUGGAUCGUGAUGAGGAGGUUCACCGAGUGCUGAUGGAGAAAGUGUUUGCGCGGAAGGCUGAGAUUGUUUCCGGGAAGGAAUGGGCGGACAGUCUUGCAACCAGGGGGAACUGA